UAGUCUAGUAGAAUGUUUCAUAGCAAUAAAGAACAUUGAGAAGAGAGGCUGAAGAAGAAACCAACUAUGGCAAAGUACUCCUCCGCCUUCCGCCGCAUGUUGAUCAUGUCUUCUUUCCUUGUGCUGUCUCCAAUCGUCCUGUCAACCGUCGUUGAAGCCACCGGGAACCACCACAAAUGGAAGUGGAUUCCCGCGGGACAGGGCGAAUGCAGAGGCACGAUCGGGGAGUGCAUGGGCGCAGCCGGCGAUCAAGGAGAGUUCGACAUGGACUCGGAGAGCAACAGGCGCAUAUUAACGACUACCAAGUACAUCAGCUACGGUGUGCUGGAGAGGGAUUUCGUGCCGUGCUCGAUUAAGGGUACGUCCUAUUACAACUGCGUACUCGGGGGCCAGGCUAACCCAUACACUCGCGGUUGCAGUGCCAUUACCCAAUGCCGGAGCUAAAAGACGACUCUUCAAUAUUCAUCCCGCUUUUGGAUUUUCGAUGUUUCUCCGCGUUUCUUGUUCUCUUGCUUUGUGUACAAUAGUAUAUGACAAAUGAUUUUGUUGUUCCCAAAUAAUGAUUGAUAACAUAUCAAUAGUACGAAAGAUUUCUUCCUUGAAA